AUGCAGCCCGGCUGCCCGGCGCUGUGCUGCGUCCCGGCCGUGCCCGGCUCGCACGGCGCCCUGCAGCAAGCCGCCCGCCUCGGCUUCUGCCGCAGCCUCCUGGAGCACACGGUGUCCGCCGAAAACCUCAGCUACCGCCGGCAGAGGAACCCGGGCAGCAGCCUCACCUGGCACGACGGCCGGAGCCAGCGGGCCGAGGGCGGCCGCGCCGUCAAGCUCCUGCGGCAGCCGGGCACCGAGGGCUCCCAGGGCCGGGCCUGCGAGCACUAUGGCAUCUACCACACCAGCCCCACGCUAGGCAGCCUUAGCAAGCCGGCGGUGCUCUGGACCCAGCAGGACGUGUGCAAGUGGCUAAAGAAACACUGCCCACAUAACUAUCUCGUCUACGUGGAGGCGUUUUCCCACCAUGCCAUCACAGGUCGGGCGCUGCUGCGGCUCAACGGGGAGAAGCUGCAGCGCAUGGGCAUCGCUCACGAGUCGCAGCGGCAGGAGGUCCUGCAGCAGGUCCUGCAGCUCCAGGUGCGCGAGGAGGUCCGAAACCUGCAGCUGCUCAGCCAAGCUUCUUUCGGCAACGUCUCCUAGCUGAUCCCUCUGUUUGGCAGAUUGUACCGACACUGUGAACCGAGCCCCUCUGGGAUGCGCCGUGCACCACAGCUACGGAACCUGAAUCGCA